CACCAUUUCCUGUCUCCCUUUACAUUGUCAGACUAACACUCUCUUUCACACACUCCUUUCAGAAACAAUUUUCAUAAUGGGGAACUUUGUCGCCAACGAGGGACUUUCAGUCUUUGUUAUUAUGGUGUGGCUGGGGAUCAACGCCUUCCUGUUUGUCCAUUUCUACAUGGCCUUCCUGGUAGAGAGGUGGUAUUACACCAGAGUCCUGCUCGGGCAAGCUUUGCCCUGGGCCAGAGCUCCUGCUGCCUGCCUGAACUUCAACUGCAUGCUCAUCUUGCUGCCAGUCUGCAGAAACCUCCUCUCCUUCCUCCGCGGCACCAUACAGUGCUGCAGCCGCACAGCAGCUCGCCAACUAGAUCGAAACCUAACUUUUCACAAACUGGUGGCUUACAUGAUUGCCUUCCAUACAGCUGUGCACAUUAUUGCACAUCUGUUUAACUUUGAGUUUUUUAUGGACGCCCAGCUCAAUCGCAACACCAGCCUUCUGACCUUUGUUCUGUCAGAAAUUGGUAAUGGGGACAACGCCUCCUUCCUCAACCCUAUCAGAACAAAUGAGACGAAUCCUACCAUUGUCAUGUUCACCACCGUCGCUGGGCUGACAGGUGUGGCCAUCACGUUAGCACUCAUCCUCAUCAUCACUUCAUCUAUGGAGGUCAUCCGCAGGUCAUACUUUGAGGUGUUCUGGUACACGCAUCAUCUCUUCAUCAUCUUCUUCAUUGGACUGGUGUUUCACGGCUAUGCGCGUAUUGUGCGAGGACAGACGGUGGCCAGCCUGGACACAAAUAAACCUCAAAACUGCUCCGACAUGUUUGAAGACUGGGGUAAAAAUGGCUCCAACUGUGCUGUCCCAGAAUUUGCUGGAAACCCACCUGGGACAUGGAAGUGGGUGUUGGGUCCCAUGAUCCUGUAUGUGUGUGAGAGGAUCGUCCGCAUCUACCGAUCCCAUCAAAAAGUGGUCAUUACUAAGGUGGUUAUGCACCCUUCCAAGACACUGGAACUGCAGAUGAAGAGGAAAGGCUUCAGUAUGGAGGUGGGACAGUACGUCUUCAUUCAGUGUCCAUCUGUCUCCAGGCUAGAGUGGCACCCCUUCACUCUGACCUCAGCCCCUGAGGAGGACUACUUCAGUGCUCACAUCCGUAUUGUCGGGGACUGGACUCAGGCGCUGUACGAGGCCUGUGGAGGGGAUAAAAACGAGCCUCAGGAGGCCUGGAAACUGCCCAAGGUGGCCAUAGAUGGCCCGUUUGGUACCGCCAGUGAAGACGUGUUUGGUUAUGAGGUGGUCAUGCUGGUGGGUGCAGGAAUCGGAGUGACUCCCUUUGCCUCCAUCCUCAAAUCUGUGUGGUACAAACGCAUCCAGAACAACCAAGAUGUCUUUACCAAGAAGAUCUACUUCUACUGGCUCUGUCCGGAGACCCAAGCCUUCGAGUGGUUUGCAGACCUGUUGCAGUCCCUGGAAGGCCAGAUGACAGAGAAGAACAUGAUGGGCUUCCUCAGCUACAACAUCUACCUCACCCGCUGGAAGGAGCAGGAGGCGGCUCAUUUCCGUGUUCACCAUGAGGCAGAAAACGAUCCGAUCACCGGACUGAAGCAGAAGACCUUUUACGGGAAACCUAACUGGGACAAUGAGUUUACCAAUAUUACUUCGCAGCACCCUCGAUCUAAAGUUGGUGUGUUCCUGUGCGGUCCGCCUCAGCUGGCAAAAUCUCUGGAGAAACAGUGUAUGUCUCAUUCAGCUGCUGAUGUCAAGUUCAUCUUCAAUAAAGAAAAUUUCUAGGAAAACAAAGAAAAUCAGAAACAGCAGCUGGAUCAUGAUAUACAAAGGGAACUUUCCAAGUAGCUGUUUGAUUAUAAGUUAUCAAGUUUCCUCUGAAAAAAGAACAAAUUUACAUUUGGAACAAGUGGCAGCUCAUCGGUGACGGGAACAAGCUUCUCAUCACGUCUUCACCGCAGACUUCUGCAAAGAUACAGUUGUUACUCAAAAUAAACCCUGUGGCGUUGUCUACAUUACUGUCUUCUCCUUUUUUGUUCCAUCAACAAGUGAAACCGCCACUUUCAGAAUGUUUUUUCUCGUCUUUUUUUUUUUUUUUGUUUCCACCUCAUUGAUUUUCUUUUGUGCCAGAAGUGGAUUCAUCUUCUUAAAAGGGGGUUUCAAUUCCCUAACUGUAUGAGGGAAGAGGUGGGGGCCUUUAAAGCUUUGGCUGCUGCAAACGUUCUCCAUGGACUGAACAAGCUCCGGGAUGCUUUAUGCUUUUGUGCUGCCGUGUUUUUUCUGUGAGAGCAGAAAUGUGGCAAAGACUUUUAUGGCUAGAAAUGUUUUGUUUAGCUUGUUUUGAUGAAAAAAAAAUGGACCAACCAGAAGCAAUCUUCUGCUGUGUGAUUAUCUCCUGAUUUCUCUGAAAAAGUUGUAUAGCUGUUUGAUCCAAUCCAAGAACAGGAAGGAGCAGAAGGCUACCUGCUUGAGUGCUUUCUGGAGAAGGGUCUGUCUGUUUCAGAGGUCUGGGUGGUGUUGCUCUAACGUGAUAAGAAAAGGAGAGCUGUGGCAUAAAUCUGGGUUAUAUGCAUGGUUGGAUCCACUAAUAGAGGCCCUGUCACCUAAAGUUCAUUUUACCAUGUGAGACUGCUUGUUCUCAAAUAAUCAACCACAAAGGUAAACACAUUUAAAAUUGCUCUCAAUCUUUUAAUGAAAAAACUCAAACUCAAUCUCUUGAGUCAAAAAGAUCCUCAAAGGAGACGAGAAAGUAGUUCCACCUUUUUAUUUUCAUAUUUAGCUGAUUACAGUGUUCAAAACUCUUAAACAAAAGGUAUAUUUUCAUGAUAGUUAUUAUACAGUUUGGUUAUUGCUGUUCUUUUUGUCAUUCUUUUCAGACACCAGAUGUCUAUAUUGUUGUCAUACUGUAAGUCAGGGGCAUCAAAGGUAAGCCUGGUCAGCUUUAGUGGAUAGAUGUUGAACUUUAACAGCAUUUUGAUAAGUUCUGUAGUUUUUCCUACUGAUAAUGACUCCCACCACUCAUUGCCAUCCAUACUAUGCCAAAGUACAAAGACAUUUUCUUUGAAUGAAUUUUCUACACGUUUAUCACGUUUUUACUGGUUCAGCCCACUUCACAUCAAAGUGGGAUGUGUGUGGCCCAUGCAGUAAAAUGACUAUAACAUCCCUGCUGUAAUUAUUUUGGAUUCACUGCUUUUUUCUUUUUUAAAUAGUAAAUGAAAAAACUUUUGGAAUCUGCUGAAAAUAUGUCUUAACUCAUAAUGUCUAAUAAAAACUAAACUAAAUUUAAA